GUCGUCGUCUGGCCUGGCUGGCGGUCAGUUGCGGGGCUGAGAGGCGGGCUGUUGUCUCCCUAUCACUGGGCUCGGCCCGCGGGCCGCCGCCCGGUCGUCCCCUCUAUGGGGCCAGUCCUCCCGCCGAGCUCAGCGCGAUGACCACCGCUGCUGCGGCUGCCGCCCCGGGGCUGAGGGCCCGCGCCGUCCGCUGGCUCGAGGACCACCGCGAGCUCGUCGUGCUCGUCUUCUGCCUGCCGGCCAGCUUCGUCUUCUCGCUGCUGCUCAGCGCGCAGGCCUGGCUGCGCCAGCGGCGCGCCUCUCCGCAGCACCAUGACAGCAGGGUGCGCGAGGUGCAGGCGGCGGUGCGGCGCUGGGCGGCGCAGCCGUCGGCCUCGCGGAGGCCGCUCUGCACGGCCAGGCCCAACUGGCUCAGCCUCUCCACCACCUUCUUCCGGAAGGACCAGUGCCACCGCGUGCCCGUGCCGCUGUACGACAUCCUGGGCCUCGACGAGGAGGGCAUGACCGUCAGGGUGGAGCCCAUGGUGACGGUGGGCCAGAUCACGAGCUUCCUGGUGCCGCGGGGCUACACGCUGGCCGUCACCCUGGAGAUCGCCGACGCCACCCUGGGCGGCCUGGCCAUGGGCACGGGCAUGACGACGCACUCGCACAAGGCGGGGCUGUACCACGAGACCAUCGAGGCGUACGAGGUGGUGCUGGCCGACGGCGGCCUCGUGCGCGCCACCCGGGACAACGAGCACGCCGACCUGCACCGCGCCCUGCCCUGGUCGCACGGCUCGCUCGCCUUCCUCACCGCCCUCGAGCUGCGCCUCGUCCGCGUCAAGCCGUACGUCAAGCUGAGGUGAGAGAGAGAGAGAGACAUAGGCG